CAACAGCAUACAUGGGCGCCUCUCAAUGCAAGUCAGGACAUGAUCGCUACCCUGAUGAAUCAUUACAAAAUUGGCUGCGGCUUUUUAAAGACCCUUGGCAGCUUUCAUGCACGAUACCUGCCGACUGAAGAAGCUUAUGCCGGCACCUCGCGGGCGGUGUUCACCACCGAUCAAUCCGGCCACAACAGAGCUCGGCUGGGUCUACAAAUAUCCCGAGAAGAAAGAAGUGAAGUCUGGUAACCCAUGGGUCAUCCGGCACACAGGCGUCUACCAUGUCUACAACAUAAAAGACUUCAGGUCCACAUUGGUGAUCGUGAAUCCGAGUCCAAUCGCACGUUUCAGCCAGUACUUGCGCAAGAUGCUACAACAAUCAUCAGUCAGAUCUACGAUACUCUCAACUCCGACGAUAAUACACACGAUGUUGAUAUCAAGUCAUCUCGAGUCCUGGCGAGAUUACCUGGAAGAUCAUGAAGCUUUGCUCUUGAAACUGGAUAUGAAGCCAGCCUGCACUGUUCUGGAAGAACCACUGGUCACUUUUGAUACUCUCAAAGAAGUCCGUGCGAUCGAAAAGCGAAUCCUACCGGUGGAGCCUCUGUUGACGUCGUUUGACGAGCUGGUCCACGACCUACAACGAGCUGGAGAUCAUUUGUCGAAAAAAGUGUUGGACUCGCUGAACUUGGGCUUCCAGCAGCUCGCUAAGGGUCAGAGUCAGAAUACAUUCCAGAUGGCCAGGUCAGCUCGCGAGGACUCUGUUGCGAUUAGAGCUAUCACACUCGUGACUUCGUUCUAUUUGCCCUUCUCGUUUGUUGCCACUAUGUUCGGUAUGAACCUUGUGGACUUCGACUCUGAGUCCCGCAACCUCUUAGUGUCGAAACAACUAUGGCUCUAUUUCGUCAUCUCGGUUCCCCUUACCGUCAUGACCUUGGCUUGCUGGAGAUGGAGGAUGCAGACGUACCGGAGAAGCUACCUGGAAGAGGAAAGCAGUUCACUUCAAUACGACAAGUCGACAGACAACACCUCGGAGAUGGAAAUGGUGUAGACUGCGCACUCCACAGGCUUGGUCCGGAUACU